AUGACCUUUACGCAAGCAAAAAAAUGGGUAAUAAACUUGACGAAAAGGAAAGAAGCCCCAUUCAGCACAUUUAAAAGGUGGAAGAAAAAAGACAAAUAUGAUGACCUAGAAAAUAAACACCUAUACUGGUCCAUCAACAACAUGAAGAAAGAAUAUUUAACCGAGGAAAAGAAUGAUAAUUUUUUUCAAUGUAUUGAAAAUGCCAAAGUGGAAGAACACAUUUCAGAUAUAGUAGGAAUUGAUUCUUCUAUUCCUGAUAAUAGAACGAUAAAUGAAAACACUGAAAAAUAUUUUCAAAAAGAAGGAACAAAAAAAGAAUAUAUUCCAAAGGAUAAGUUGGAGAGAAUAAAUCAAAUUUUUAACCCAUCAUUAAAAAUAUUUGUAGAUAAUAAGAAAAAAAAAUACGAAGAUUCAUCAAUUAUAUCUCUUUUCCAAGGCACAAAUUUGGAAAAAGGGUCCAAGGAUGAUUUAGAAUUACACAGUGAAAAAUUACAUGGAGGAUUAAAAAAUGAAGGAGUACAAAAAUCAACAAAAUUAUCUUUUAUGAAUAAGAAAGUAGAAAAAAUGAGACAAGGGAAUAAUGUAAAUUACACACAAUAUGAUACUGAUCUAGCUAAAGAAAAGGGAGGGAAAAAUGUCAUAGAAGAUGAAGAAAAUCGUAACUUAAUUCCAAAUUGCAUAAAUGACGAUCCAGAAUUAAAAAAAGGAAUAAAGGGUCGAAGGGACAAGAAAAAGAAAUGGAAAGAUGAACAGGGAAAAAUAGCAAAUAAUGAAAAUGAUUUAGAUGAGGAAUACAACUUCCCGAGGAGUAACGAACUUAAGGAAAAUUCCAUUUUUGAUUAUGAAAGUAUGAAAGGAAAAAAGGGGACAUAUCAAGAUUUAACACAUGACGAAUAUGCAUAUAUGAACAAUUUAUAUAUUAAAAAGUGUGAUGUUGAUAGAAAAAUUAGAUGGUUCAAAAUGAGUAAUAUUCUUAAUCCUAUUAAAGAAGCAAAAAGUAUUGUAAAAGCACAGCGACUAAGCGCGGAUGAAGAAGAAAAAAAAAACACGAACGAUGGGAUGUGUGAUGUGGAAGGGGAUCAAAACUUCCAUAUAAGAAAGAAAAAACAGAUGGAAGGAUUUCCCCUUGAAGAAGAUAUCAAACCUUACUAUGAAAAUGAAGGGGAUUUUUCUUAUAAAAUAAAUAAAAUAUGUGAACAAAACCAAUAUGAUGAAAUUGUGUCCAGGAUUCGAAUGAAAAUAAGAAAAGAGAAGAUGGGGAAUUCAAAAAUAAUGAAAGAGAAAAUACCUAAUGUUGCUAGACAUAUAUUAGAUCCAAUUAAAUAUCAUGUAAACAGAAGAAGGAUAAGGGUGGAAAAACUUCUGCAUACACAUCUGGAACAAUUGCUAAAUUGUAAUAAUUCCUAUUUUAAAUUUUACUUGCUUAAUGGGUUGUCAAUUUCUAUUCAUCAUCUGGAAAUGAAAUCAACAAGGUCUUUAUGUAAAAUUGUUUAUACCUUAUUGAAUAAAAAUAUCAAUCAUGAAAUGAUAAAGGAAAAAUUAGAUAAGGUUGCUUUUGUUUUGAGAAAAUUAUUAGCUAGAAAACUUCAGUUAGGUUACACCCCUCCUUUGAAAUUUGUUCCCUUACAAGAUCAGCAAGAAAAAAAUAUAAAAAAUUUGCACUAUUAUAAAUUAUACGCAAAAUAUAACUACCCUAAUUUCAAAACUUCAAAUAUUAGUGAAAAAGGCACACAGUUGAUGAACUUUUACACUAAAGACUUGUCUGGGUUUUGA